CCUGGACGAGGCAGCCGAGGAGCACACCAUGAUGGCUGUGGAGUUCUUUGACCCGGCCUCUGACUGAGGUGUCAAUGGCGUGACGGGCGCGGCGCAGGACCUGAGCAACGAGAUCGCACGGGCGGCGGUGCUGAAGCUCCAAGUGAAGCGUGGUCCGGGGCAGAUCUUUGCACAUGCGGUGCAGCGGUUCUUCGCGCCGCGCAUGUCGCCGCUGCAGUGGCCGCCCAUCCAGUGGACCCAGGAUGAGCAGAACGCCCUGAGGGCCGUCACGGACGAGGUCCUCCUCCUGGACGGCCGCACGUUGCAGGUGUUGGGCCGGAUCAGCGUGCAGCACAUCUCACAGCUGAACCUUUCGCACAGCCUUCCAUUGGCCGGCGACCCUAAGAGUUGCUGCUUUGGAACCUUUUCCCCCGCGCAGAGCGGCAGCAACAGCCCAGCGAUGAUCCGCUUCUUCAACAGCUGCGCCACCCAGGCGCGACCCUUGGUCACCAAGGGUCUCUUCUCGGCCGCGGCGUGGGUGACGAUGAAGUGGGAACCCCUCGAGGGGCGUGACUUGCUGCUCCUGGUGCACUCGAGCGAGCUCACGGAGGAUGACUUGAACUUCCGGACGCUCCACGGGCACAGCGCGAACGGCCUCUACCUGCUGCGGAGUGGAGAGCGAGAGCCGGUGACGUUGCUGUCGACCAGCGAGGAGGUGCUCUUGGACGUGCAGUGGUGCCACAGCGGGCCCACGCCCAACGGCGACGACGCGGAGCGCCGUUCCCGUCCCAAGCGGAUCCUGAUGCUGCAAGGGCCGCAGCCGGCCUCGGUGGCGUUGGUCUCCUAUGUCACGGGAAAGCCUGUGAGGCGCAUCAACCUGGAUCAGCAGAUGGGCGUUCGCAACAGCAUCAGCUGCGACGCCUUCGGGCGCUCCUUCUGCGUGCACGUGCAGUCGGAGCGCGGCAUGGGCCUGAGCAACGAAGCGGACCGCGCGGACCUCUUCGACUUGCGGCCGCUCCCCGACGAGACGGUGGCGCACCGCGCGGCCCUGGCGGUGGCGCGGCGCGAGCGCGAGCACGUCGGACCUUCCGUGUCCUCGGUGACCUUCUCCCCAGAUGGGCGGAUGUUGUUGGCCAACGUGCAGGUGGAGCUGUACUCGGAGGUGCGCGUGAUUUCGGCCCUGGACGGGCGACAGCUCUUCCAUGUGCGGCUGGAGGGCGUGAUGACUGCCAUGUGGCAGCCUUCUGCCGAGGCCUUUGCUGCGCCAGAGUUCCCGGUGCCCGAAGUGGUUCCAGAGCAAGAGAAGGCCAUCCAGAUCGAGACCAGGGACCGGGAGUGGCUGCACCAGAGGCUCGCCGAGGGAGCCGGGGAGCUCGAGGAGUUGGAGGAAGCGCUCGCCGCGCCGCAGACCCAUCUGCUCUUCGAGUUCACCGGGGCGCAUGGCUCUUGCUUGAUGAGCAGCUCCCUGGAGGAGGUGCUCGCCGCGCCCCGCGACUUUGCCAUGGCCUUCUGCCAGCGCCAGAGGCGGAUUCGAGCGCUGCAGAAGAAGGUCAGGGAGAUUGAGAAGUUGAAGGCGGUCUCGGAGUCGGCGUUGGACGUGCUCCAGAAGGAGAAGGUGGCCACCGAGCCUGACAUCCAUCGGGAGCUGCAAGGCCUCGAGAAGCAGCUGGACCUGUUGGAGCGGCCGCCGCGGAUGAUCUUCGACGUGGAGACGGAGGAAGGCCUUCAGGAGAUCCACUACUACGACGGAGACGAUUGCUACGAGCUGUCGAGCCGCUUCUGCGCGCGGUUUGGUUUGGAUGGCGAGUUGGCGCGCUUGCUGGCCAGCAACAUGCAGGAGCGGCUGGCGCAGGGAGCGCCGCCGUAA